AUGGCGGCCGCGGAGGCGGCGGCCGCGCCUGCGGAGGCGGCGCUGGAUCCUAGCGGGCUCUCCCCGAAGGAAGAAGGGGAGCUGGAAGACGGUGAAAUCAGCGACGACGACAGCAGCGUCUUCGGGCCCAGUGGCGGCGGCGGUGGCUCCGAGCCCGGCGGUGGCCUCGUCAGCAGCAGGCCCUACUCGAGGCGCAGGCCGCCUCCCGGCCUCCGCGAGGGCAUCUCCCUCUCCUCCUCCGGCCGGCGCUUCCCCCGCUCGCGGCACCAGCCCCCGCCGGAGAUGGGGCACCCGCACGGCCACGGCGGGUAUCGGCCCAAGGACUCGUUCCGCUCCCAUCCGCCGCCCAUGCCGGCGCCGCGGAUAUCGUCGGGCUCGCACUCCGAGACGGGCCCCCGGCUCUCUUUCUGGGAGCGCAGCCACAAUGCCCUGGACCGGUACCGCUUCCGAGGCCGGCCCUACAGGGGAGGAGGGCGCUGGGGUAGGAGCCGAGGCGGCGGCGAUCGGGGAGGUAACCCUCCGGGAAGGCCGCCCGGAGGGGGAGGCGGUUCCGGAUUCGGUAGCAGCCAGGGCUGGAGGGAGCCCUCGCCUCGAAAAUCCAAAACCUUUGGAAGGUCCCCAUCCAGGAAGCAGAACUACUCUUCUAAGAACGAAAACUCGGUGGAAGAAAGUUUUGAGGAUCUGCUCUUGAAGUAUAAACAGAUACAAUUAGAGCUUGAAUACAUUAAUAAAGAUGAAAGACUGGCUUUGAGCAACAGGGAAGAACAUGAACAACAAGAUAAUGAUAAAACAGUGGACACUGAGGACCAAGCAACUGUAGAAAAUGACAGUAUUACAACGGAUGCUAUUAAAGAAGUAUCUCCUGAGGAGAAAAAUCCGGUUAUAGGCUUUCAGGCAUUUGAACUGAAACCUCUCAGACAAAAACUGCCUACUCCAGCUGAGAGAAGCAGAUUAAAAAAAGGUAAAGAAGGCACGAAGCAGUUAUCACAAAAAUCUGAAGUCACAGAAUCCAGCCAAGGUACAGAAGACAAAGAGCAAACAUCAGUGCGAAAGCUUAGCAGCUCAGAUGUUACAUCUGAAAAGAAGCUGCUUGAUGAUGAGGAGGAGAUGUCUGAAUUGCAACUUAGGCUUCUUGCACUUCAGUCUGCUAGUAAAAAAUGGCAGCAAAAAGAGCAACAGGUGAUGAAGGAAAGCAAGGAAAAAUUGACAAAAACGAAAAGUGUAACACAGAAAGUCAAAGCCAGUACAAAAGCACAUUCAACAAAAAAAAGUAGUGCUACAGCCAAGCAAGUUUUGAGGAAACAGACAAAGACAUCGAAGAAGAUGCAGCAGCAAAAGGAGCAAGACAGGCGUCAGAAAGAGGAAGACCAGAGGAAACAAGAGGAAGAAGAGGAGAGAAGAAAAAGAGAAGAAGAAAUCAGAAAAAUUAGGGACCUCUCAAAUCAAGAAGAGCAGUACAAUCGAUUUAUGAAGCUAGUUGGAGGAAAAAGGAGAUCAAGAAGCAGGUCUUCAGAUACAGACUUUAGAUGGUGUUUUGAUAAGCAGUCUACAGAGAGUGCUGGAGGCAUUUAUCAAUAUGAUAAUUAUGAUGAAGUUGCUAUGGAUACAGAUAGUGAAACUAACUCUCGAGCUGCUUCUCCAGUGCAACCUCCUUUCUUUGAGUGUCCAAUAGGAUACUUUCCACCUCCAGUACCACCAAUUUCCUUGCCACUGCCACCUCCAAUUCCGCCUGUACCGUCCUUGAGCCAGCUUUAUGUGGAGGGUAUUUCUUGUAUUUCUCUUGAGCCCACUCCACCUCUUCCACCACUUCCCCCUGAAGAGCCUGAACAGCCACCAAAACCUCCAUUUGCUGAUGAGGAAGAGGAAGAGGAGAUGCUCUUAAGAGAAGAAUUACUUAAGUCUCUAGCCAACAAACGAGCUUUCAGAUCUGAGGAAGCUUCAAGUAACAGUGGUCCACCUUCCCCUCCUGUUCCAGAUAAUUUUCAGUCUGUGCCAAGAAGCAAUCUGACUGCUGUCAGUAUUAAUACUGUGUCUCAGCCACGCGUACAAAAUACAAAGUUUGUUAGAGUACCAAGACCUCCGCGAGCAGUGAUCACACUGCCAAAACACAAGUCUGUUGUGGUUACAUUAAAUGACUCGGAUGAUAGUGAGUCUGAUGGAGAGCCAUCUAACUCAACUAACAGUGUGUUUGGAGGACUAGAAUCUAUGAUAAAAGAAGCAAGGAGAAAUGUUGAGGCCUCAAAAAUCAAAGCCCCUCCAAAAUCAGAAAAAGAAAAUGAUCCAAUGAGAACUCCAGAGGCUCUUCCAGAAGAUAAGAAGAUAGAAUACAGACUCUUAAAAGAAGAGAUUGCCAGUCGUGAGAAGCAACGCUUAAUUAAGUCUGAUCCACUGAGGAACAAUUCAUCCCCUGCAAAUUCUGAUGGUGAAGUUGAUGGAAUUGGGAGAAUAGCAGUAGUGACAAAACAAGUGACAGAAGCAGAAGCAAAGCUUAAGAAAAACAGAAUUCUGUUGAUGAAGGAUGAAUCUGUCUUGAAACAUUUGUUGCAACAAGAGGCCAAGAAGAGAGAGAACGUUCGGAUUGCUGAAAAUAAGAUUAACAAACUGGCUGAACAGCUACAAGCAACAGAGAAGAUCUUGAAUGCUAAUAAGAUGUUUCUCAAGAAGCUUCAAGAACAAAUUCAUAAAGUUCAACAACGAGUUACAGUAAAAAAAGCUCUGGCAUUAAAGUAUGGGGAAGACCUUGCUCGUGCAAAAGCAGUAGCAAGUAAGGAAAUUGGGAAACGAAAGCUGGAGCAAGAUCAUCUUGGACCAAACAAAAUGUUGAAGUUGGAGAGCUCCCCUGCAUCAAGUCCAAAAAAACAUUCAGCAGAAUUAAUUGCAUUAGAGAAAAAACGACUACAGCAACUGGAGUAUGAAUAUGCUCUAAAGAUUCAGAAAUUGAAAGAGGCCCGUGCACUUCAAACCAAGGAGCAAUCAAAUAUUGCACCACAUGCAGAAGAAGAAUCUGAGUUUACAUUACCUCAGCCAUCACUUCAUGAUCUUACACAGGACAAAUUGUCUUUGGACAGUGAAGAAAACUACUUUGAUGAUGAAGUUUUAUCUAAUUCAAACCGUGAACGAAGAAGAUCUUUCAGAGAAUCUAAUUCUUUCACGAAACCAAAUCUUAAACAUAUGGACACUCCAAAACAAGAAACUAAAAACAAACUUUCUAAAAAAGCAUCAGAGGAGCCUGAGCUGUUCCUUGGUUUGAAUAUUGAUGAACUGAAAAAACUUUAUGCUAAAGCUGACAGCUUGAAAGAGCUGCUAGUGAAAAGUACCGCCUUUAUAGUACCUAAGGAAGAUCUGUUGCAUGGUCAGGAAAUUUCAGUGGACAUGGAUUUUGCUACAUCACAAAACAAACAAACUGAAGUGAAACCAUUUCCAUUUCGACCAUAUCAUAGUCCUCUUCUAGUAUUUAAAUCCUACAGGUUUAGUCCAUAUUUUCGAACCAAGGAAAAACUGUACCUCAGUUCAGUAACAUAUAGCAAUAUGAUUGAGCCAAAGCAGUGUUUCUGCCGGUUUGAUUUAACAGGCACAUGUAACGAUGAUGACUGUCAGUGGCAGCACAUGAAAGAUUGUACUCUUAGCCGUAAGCAGCUGUUUCAGGAUAUUCUGUCUUACAAUUUAGAACUGAUUGGUUGUUCAGAAAAAAGCACUGAUGAGGAAAUCAGCACUGCCACAGAAAAAUAUGUUGAAAAACUCUUUGGUAUAAACAGAGACCGUAUGUCUGUGGAUCAAAUGGCUGUUCUUCUGGCCAGCAAUGUCAACGAGAGUAAAAGUCACACACCUCCAUUUACAACAUGGAAAGAUAAAAGGAAAUGGAGACCAAAGUACUGGAGAAAACCUUUGUUAGAUAGUAGUAGCAGUGAAGAGGAACAGUUCGUUGGACCUAUUAAAUAUGCACAUCCCACAGAACAUAAAAAAAGAGCUCCAGCUCUUGAUGCUGUGGUGACUCCAGAUGAUGUCCGGUAUUUUACAAGUGAGACUGAUGACAUUUCCAACUUGGAGGCAAGUGUCCAAGAAAACCCCUGUGAUGUACAGCUUUGGAUUAAACUUGCAUACAAAUACUUGAACCAAAAUGAAGGCUCAUCCUCUGAGUGUUUAGAUUCUACUUUAAACGUUUUGGCUCGAGCCCUUGAGAACAAUAAAGAAAACCCUGAAAUUUGGUGUCACUACCUCAGACUUUUCUCAAAGAGAGGAACUAAGGAGGAGAUACAGGAAAUGUGUGAAACAGCAGUGGAAUAUGCCCCCUCUUACCAAAUCUGGUGGACAUUUUUGAAUUUGGAGAAUUCCUUUGAUGCAAAAGACUAUGUAUGUGGAAGGAUGCUACAGUUCCUUAUGGAAGUGUCAGGGUGGGAAGAAAAUCCAAAUCUCCUGUCCUUUCAGCUGCUGGAGACCCUCCUAUACAGGGUUCACUUAAGCCUGUUUACAGGAAGACAUCAGAAUGCACUUGUUCUGCUACAGAAUGCUUUAAAAUCAGCAAAUGAAAAGAUGGUAUCAGAACGCCUGUGUGUCAGUGACCGUUGCUUGGCUUGGCUGGCGUACAUACAUCUGAUUGAAUUUGGUGUUCUCCCAGUCAAGUUCUAUGAUCCAGCUAAUGUCAGUCCUUCAAGGCUCAUGACCAAAGAGCCAUUUUUAAUACCAUGGCAAACGGUUCAAGAUGUGAAGACUGAUCCUGAUGUGCUUUUAGCUAUGUUUGAAGAUGCGGUCAAAACAUGUGCUGAUGAAAGUCUAGAGGCUGACAAGAGAAUAGCUAUCUGCUUUCCUCUCUACCGAAACAAGAUAGCUUUGCUGAAACUUCUGGAAAGGUGGGAGCCUGCGAUAGAACUUUGUAGAUCUUUAUUGGAGCUCUGCCCAGACAACUGUCAGCUCUUGGAGAGUUUGGCCGCCUUGUAUUUGCAGAUGGGGCAGAGUGACAGUGCCUACAAAGUGUGGAUUGGAGCAUUUGAGAAGAAUCCUCAGAAUGCAGAAAUUUUUUAUCAGUUGUGUAAAUUCCUUAUUUCACAGGAAAGGCCAAGCAGUAUUCUUCCACUGUUGCAAGAUUUUGUGGCAGCUUUCUUUGAGAAUACAUGCCAACAGCAUGGUCCCAUGGAUCUCUUAAGAUAUCUCUUGAAUUUUCCAAUGCCAAUUGAAUUUACAUCACCUCUCUAUAAAGAACAUCUUACAGAUGAUGUUGUAAACCAGCAAAUCCCUUAUCUCUGGCAGAUCUACUGUAAAUGAUCUGCCAGUCCUUAGAGAACCUGCCUGCCUGCUGCACAACAGAGACAGUUUUACAGAACUAUGAAUUGCAAACUAACUUAAAUUCUCCACUUGAGAAAUCUUUCAGAAAUUCUGCCCUCUGGGGAUAGGAACAGGUGUGUUCAUUUUGCAGAAUGAUUUUUUGUUUUACUUUUGCAUUAGAUUGCUCCUGCUAGUAGUGUUCUUUCUUCUGGCUUUUAUAUUGUCUCUAUUUUACAGUUGUUCCCCCACUUAGUUUAACUUUGUGUAGCCCUGGUGUCUCCACCUUUCUUGACUUACUGUUUCAGCUGUUUACGGAGCUUCCAUCAACAGGCUAUAAAAGCUGGAGCUAGCCACAGAUGCCCCUCAGUAGCAAAGUAAUACAGCAAAAUGACUUUUUCCUCUGUGAGAGACUGCAAAGGUGACAGAUCUUUGUCAUGUAUACACAAUCUUUUUGGUUUGUUUUGUUUCUUCCACUGUUUGUUUUGAUAGCAGCACUAUCUAUGAAUGUCAAGCACCCCAAAGAAUUAGUCACCUAUAACUUAUGCUAGUAUAACUGUGGUUGCUAAGAUGCUGACUUAGUCUAAGAAGUUUGCGAGUUCACUGUCUAGGUUGGUCAGUCUUCACAAGUAGCUGUUUGGCUUUUCAGGUAAGUAAGGGGGGCAGAGAUGAUAGUGCUUCAUAUACUGAAUGGGGAUGAGUCAGAACUCCUUCACCACGGUUGCUUUUAGUUAUUAAUUGGUGGAAAACUUUUAUAAACAAAUAAAACGUAUGGUUUUAAAGAAAACUUUUAGUUAAGGUUUCAAUUAACUUACCUUGAUGUUUUCUUUUUAAUAUUGUCCAGUAAUACAAAUUUAAAUGAAUUGUUUAUUUCGAAAAUAAUUAAUGUUCCUCAUAGUUUUAAGUUUGAUACUUGCACAGUGGAAUCAUUGUUAGGAAGUCACUUGAGGUCACUGUUUAGUCAUUAGGAACCUUAAGUUAAGCUCAGAUGCUUCUGUAUUUUAGCAUCUGUCUCUAAGAGGAAAAGCAGUGUUCUUGAAGCACAUGCCUAAGUUGCUUUCAAUGCUAAUAGAGUGCUUCUUUGGUUGAGUUUUGUUACAGUAAGUGCUGAGGUCUUUGGGCCUAUGUAUGUCUUUCCUUUUUUCAGGUACAGAGAACAGAAGACGUAAGUUCACUUCUACUAGGUAAAAGCAGUCAGAUUGAAAUCAGCAAAACCUCAAACUCAAGGAGCCGCGUUUUACCUGGAAAGAUAAUUGUGUGUGCACAACUGUAUGCACACAAUUUUUUAGAGAGAGUAGCAAGUUUGUGAUUUAGUUUGUAGUUCUUGGGGAAAGCAGGAGUAGAAUCAGGCACUCUGAGUACAUAAUCCUAGUCAGGAGGGUUCUAAUGUAUCAACAUUGGUCCUGUCUUGACUUUACAUUUCUGCAGUCUUCCUCUUUAUUAGAAUUUUUUCCCCUCUUACAACAUACUGAACAUACCUUUUUCUUACCCUUUUUCACUGUUACUUUACACUUUGAAAUAAGGAUUAUUCACUGAAUCAGAGUCAAAAAAAUGUGUCUAUUGCUGCCUCUGGUGAGGCCUGACCACAUGUUUCUUUCAGGAGCUGUGGAACAAAAUUCAGGUUUUCUUUGAUUAUUCUUGUCAUUUCUUUUUCCUGACAUGACCAGCAUAUUUCUGCCCCCAGUCCUCAGUAGUAUUUGUCUCAGAACCCUACUUUUAUUUUUACAGUCUGAUACCAUUUCUCAAGUGGUUUUAAUAUGACUUUUGAAAUGUAUUGUUCUGGAGCUUUCCAAAUGGAAACUCAAGACUUGUCUCCAUUCUGUAGCAGUCAGAGCACCCCUAUUAUAAAGUUUAGUAAAAGGAAACUUUACAAGAGUAGAAGACAAUUAAUAAAAGUUAAUUUCUAUUUAAGUUAGGAGUUGCAUUUUAAACUGCAUGGUGUCUGUAUUGUUUAUUAUCUGCAGUUGAGACUUACCCGUUUAUUUAAAUUGACUGAUAAAUUAGUCUAUAAUGCUGCCAAGGCAAAACCACUGUUUUCUUGCAUCUCAGAAUGGAAAAUUCUUCAUUGUUUCUUAUGUUAGUAUGUAAGAACAUACAUUGUUUGUGACAUACAACACUUUCUAACUUUGAAUAUAAACAGUUUGUGCCAGUCUCUUCAUGCAAGUGUUGGUGAAGCACUGGAUGCUUAUGAAGCAGCUC